AUGUCUUGGCUCGCGGGCACCACCACUGCCCAUACCGCCGAAAAUGACAACCUGGGCAUCGACUGGGUGCUGCAGUAUGAAUUCGGCGAGCUCGAUCAACCGCACGCUAUCUCCGAGUUCCGCACGCUCAUGACCGAUCUGACCGAAGCUGGUCUUCGCGUGCAGGUGCGUCAUGGCCAUGGACAGGCUCUCCUUGUGUGCAUUCGCGUCCCACGGGAUCAUCUGGGGAAGAUGGUACAUCAGUCGAGAAUCAAAGAUUGGAUGUACGCCAUCACACAUACUCUUCCCGACGGCGACCACAUCUCCGCUACCGCAGAAACCCCCGCCGAAGAGAUUCGCUCAGUUUAUCACGCCGUCACAUGGGCCAAAGAACUAGGUGGUGCGGGCAUUACACCAAACUUCGGAAAAUGGAAGAAUGUCACGGCGUCAUUCCCGCUACAUGAUCAAGAUGCCUGCUCGGAGAUGCUGAAGCAGUGGAGUCGGAAGACAGUUCUGACCAUCCAGGAUCUGGACUCAAUCCGAUCGUUAUUUGGAGAGAAGGUCGCAUUCUAUUUCGCCUUCAUCCAGUGCUAUUCACUCGCCCUCGUUGUCCCAGCCGCACUAGGCAUCAUCGGCUGGCUAUAUUUCGGCCCAUAUUCGAUUUUAUACGGCUCCGCACUAUCCGUGUGGUGUAUAUGCUUCGUGGAAUACUGGAAAGUCCGCGAAUUUGAUCUGUCGCAUCGCUGGGGUGUGCGUGGGUGCGGCGUGUUGAAGGUCAAUCGCCCCCAGUAUAAAUGGGAGAAGGAGAUCAAGGAUCCCAUCACCGGCCAGGUCACUCACGUGUUUCCCGGAUGGAAACAAUUUAUGCGUCAGUUGUUGCUCAUCCCCUUUGCUUCAGUCGCGGCGGUCGCUCUGGGCAGCUUGAUCGUCAUCACGUUCGCGUCGGAGGUUUUCAUCUCCGAGGUUUAUAGUGGUCGCUUCCAGGGCUUCCUAGAAUUCGUCCCGACUAUCCUCUUUUCGCUCUCCCUGCCUUUCAUUACUUCGCUGUUGACCAGAAUUGCGACUCGUCUGACUGAGUAUGAGAACUAUCGUUCUGCGGAUCUCUACGAUCUCGCGCAGACGCAAAAGUCCUUUGUGAUGAACUUUAUCACUUCUUUCCUUCCGACCAUCUUGACGGCAUACAUCUACGUCCCCUUCGGCAAGUCGAUUGUCCCUCAUCUCGAUAUUAUCAAGCGCGCCGGCCUCAACAUCGAAAUGGCACACAAGGACUUUCAGGUGGACGGUUCUCGUUUCCAGCAAGAAGUCAUCUAUCUCUCCAUGACCGCCCAGAUCUUCAACUUCUGCGAGGAAAUCAUCCUCCCCUUCGCCAAGAAAAAACUGUACCAGAAAUGGCGCAACUAUCAAGACCGCAAGGCUGGUCUCACCCGCCAGCGUAGCUUUUCCAAAGCCACCGAUCUGUUGCUGCUCGACCCGCCCGGCGAAACAUCCUUCCUGCAACGUCUGCGCAGCGAGGCGGAUUCGGACAGAUACGAGGUUGAAGAGGAUAUCCUCGAGAUGUGCGUGCAAUUCGGAUAUCUCGCUCUCUUCGGCGUCGCCUGGCCGCUCGUCCCGCUUGGAUUCCUCCUCAACAACUGGCUCGAGGUCCGCGGUGACUUCUUCAAGUUGACGCGAGAGAACCAACGUCCACCACCGAUUCGUGCUGACUCCAUCGGUCCUUGUCUGCUUGGCCUCGACUUCCUCGCUUGGAUGGGCACCCUCUCGACUGCGGCGAUUGUCCAUCUCUACCGCGGCGACAUGUCCGAAGUGCAUCUCUCCUCGCUGCUUUUGACCGUCUUCAUCGCCGAACAGGCCUACCUUGCCAUCCGCUUCACGGCCGCAACUGCCAUGCAGAAAAUCUUCGCGGAAACGCUCUCCCAAGAAGAAGCCUGUCGCCACGCGGUCCGGAAGAACUUCUUCGACAUGAGCCGAAAUCUCCGCAAUGGACGAUCUGUCUCCCCUGAAUCCCCCGGUGCCCGCGUGCGCCAACGUGUCCGGUUCCAUGAGCGCGUUAAUGUCUACGAGUCUGGGACGGAUACCGCUGUCUCGGACGGAUCGCCUUCACCUAGUAAUGAGAAGGUGCAGGAUGAUGUGCUGAAGGGAUCAGAUCGCGAGGCUGCGUUCUGGAAUGCACAUUCGUAUGAUACAGCGGACGCUGGCGUCAAGCUGAUUCGGGCGCUUAGUGAAAGUGAUAUUAACAGUGUGGAUGGAAAAAGUGCCAAGCGGGCGUAG